UUAGUCCACUUCUUCUUCAAACCCAUUAUCCCAAAUAUCCAAACCUCCCUCCAUAUAUUCUAUUAGUUCAUGUGACAAGUCAAGUCUCGAAACAACCAUGCCAAUCAACCAAGGUCUCCUCAAGCGCAAUCCAGCUCUCACCCCCAAAGAAUUCUCAGAUAGCUGGUACGGCCGACACGCCCAGCUCGUGGUACCUUUCUUCCUUCACAGUGGAGUAACUUACUACGCCCAAAUACACGCCCCCCUCUCAAACACCACCCCGGAUCUCGACCUAAGCCCCUUCUCGGGAGCCGCAGAAAUUCCCUCAGAAGACGUGCUCAAGAUCUUCGCUCCGGACCCGCCUAUGCCGCAGUGGAAGAAAGAUUACUACGAAGAAGUGAUUUUGAAGGAUGAGAAGAGGUUGUUGGAGAGUCUUGCGACGGAGCAUUUGGUGCAGGUGGGUGAGGGGACAGUCAAGGGUGAGAGGAGGGCGAGGGGGGAGGAAGGGGGAAAGUGAGAUCUGGAGAGCUCUGUGCUUCAAAGGUAUGGUAGAGAAGAUGAAUUGAAGUGUUUAACUUGAGUGUAG